CUCUCUCGCUGUCCACCGGUUCCGUGGGCCGCCAUUUAAUUCCGAGGUAACGCGUGGAAAUAGAGAAGCGAAAUGGCAGCGUUGUUCGGACGGGCGUUGCGCGCUUCGAGCUCCGGGGUGUCGACUGUCCUUAGAGUGACCUCACGUGCUGGAUUAUCAAGACCUCUCACCAGUCCUGCUCUCCACAAACUUUUCUUCUCUACCAGCAGCGCACGAUGGGCUGCCACAGUCACGCAACGUGCUCCUCAGUUCAGAGGCACGGCAGUUCAUAACGGUGAAUUCAGGGAGAUCACUUUGGACGACUUCAAGGGCAAAUAUCUUGUCCUUUUCUUCUACCCUUUAGAUUUCACUUUCGUCUGCCCCACAGAAAUAAUUUCAUUCAGUGACAAGGCCAAUGAGUUUCACGAUAUCAAUUGUGAAGUGGUUGGUGUGUCUGUGGACUCUCACUUCACCCACUUGGCUUGGACAAAUACUCCAAGAAAGAGUGGGGGUCUGGGUCCCAUUCAUAUCCCCCUGUUAGCAGACCUCAACAAGCAGGUGUCUAGAGACUAUGGGGUGUUGCUGGAGGGCCAAGGCAUUGCACUAAGGGGGCUUUUUAUCAUCGACCCUUCUGGAGUGAUCAAACACAUGAGUGUGAACGACCUGCCUGUGGGCCGCAGUGUUGAAGAAACUCUGCGUCUGGUGAAGGCCUUCCAGUAUGUUGAAACUCAUGGAGAAGUGUGUCCUGCCAGUUGGACUCCGAAAUCCCCAACAAUUAAGCCAACACCUGAAGGAUCGAAAGAAUACUUUGAAAAAGUCAACUAGAAGCCUACAGCUUCAGUCUGUGUUGCUGGCUGUGCGAGUCGUCUUGGAUUCUAGAGUUGAAAUCUGCAGUGGCUGCAGAAGGCUGUGGUCGUCAUACUAAUGUUAUCUUGUAUAAUUCUGUGGUCUUGCAGCACUUGGAAGAAAUGCAUUGAUUUCAGUGUAGUGAACCAAAACCACAUCUGCAAAUUUGUGUUGAUUCUAGAAUAAAAAAGUGUAUCCAUGUCUAAACAUUUUGUACUUUUUAAAAACAAAACACUGACAUGUAAAUUAAUGUAGAAAUUACUGAAAAGUUGUUUUAUUCUGAUUUAAAUUUUCAUUGUGGUAACCUACCCACAGAAUUUCUUAUCAGCCCUGAUGGAGCACAGUUUAAGUAAAAAGAUUUUUGGCGUAAGUUAAACUGAGGGAUACGUAGCUUAUGAAUUCAAUGUACAAUAAACUUCACCUGCUACCAAAAGUGAAUUCUUGCAAACCAGGCUAAGGGUGUAUAUUAAUUAUACAGUACAGAAACGUUACAAGCAGACAGCUGUUUGGCCCUACAUCAGUGGUCAGUUUUUGCAUCCCCAUUUACAGCUGUGAAGAAAUGUCGAAAAAGUAAAACUCAGUUUAAAAGAGAAAUGGGAACAGAAGGGUGCAUGUGAAAUUUGUAUUGUUUAGGUUCAAAGAAACAGUUAAAGGACAAAGCAUUUUCACAUUUAGUUGGCGUGACUUUACGACGUUGAGGUCACAAUUAUUACAUGUUUACAGUCAUUUACACAGCUGGGUAAUUU